AUGGAGGUGAAAGCUCGGGCUCCGGGCAAGAUCAUACUCUCCGGCGAGCAUGCGGUUGUCCAUGGAUCCGCAGCGGUGGCUGCUUCCAUUGAUCUAUACACUCACGCCACCCUCACGUUCCCUACUUCCCCUGAGCACGAAGAUAUGCUGAAAUUGCAGCUUAAAGACAUGGCAUUGGAGUUUUCAUGGCCUAUUUCGAGAAUCAAACUAGCGUUCUCCCAGUUGGGAGUCCCAUUCUCAUCAAAACCCACCACAUGUUCUUCGGAAUCGUUGAAGUUGAUUGCAGGUUUGAUUGAAGAACAAAGCAUUCCAGAGGCAAAAGUCGCACUUGCAUCAGGAGUGUCUGCAUUUCUUUGGCUCUAUACCUGCAUUCAAGGAUUUAGACCUGCAACUGUAGUCAUUACUUCGGAACUUCCAUUAGGUUCAGGCCUUGGUUCAUCGGCUGCCUUUUCUGUUGCAAUCUCAGCUGCUCUCCUGGCAUUCUCAGACUCUAUUAAGAUCGAUUUGAGGCGUCCUGGGUGGUUAGAUUUUGAGGAGCUUCAACUUGAUCUUGUCAACAAAUGGGCUUUCGAGGGUGAAAGAAUCAUUCAUGGAAAACCAUCAGGAAUCGACAACACGGUUAGCACAUAUGGCAAUAUGAUCAAGUUCAAAAAUGGCAAUCUAACCCGAAUAAAGUCAAGCAUGCCUCUCAAGAUGCUCAUUACUAACACUAAGGUUGGGAGGAACACGAAAGCAUUGGUGGCUGGGGUCUCAGAGAGGAACAUAAGGCAUCCUGAUGCAAUGAGCUUUGUUUUCAAUGCUGUGGACUCCAUCAGUAAGGAAUUGGCUAAUGUCCUUCAGUCGCCUGCUCUGGAUGAGCUUUCAAUAACUGAGAGGGAAGAGAAGCUUGGGGAGUUGAUGGAAAUGAAUCAAGGCUUGCUCCAAUGUAUGGGAGUCAGCCAUGCUUCUAUCGAAACUGUUCUGAGGACGACGUUGAAGUACAAGCUUGCUUCUAAGUUAACCGGUGCUGGCGGUGGAGGUUGCGUGCUAACACUCUUGCCAACCCUGCUAUCAGGAACUAUUAUUGAUAAGGUGAUCUCAGAGCUAGAAACCUGUGGAUUCCAAUGUCUGACUGUUAAGAUUGGUGGCAAUGGUGUUGAGUUCUCUAACGGCUCAUCCUAG